AGAGUAUGUUAGAGUAUGGUACAGUGUGGUACAGUAUGGUAGAGUAUGGUGCAGUAUGGUACAGUAUGGUAGAGUAUGGUAGAGUAUGGUAGAGUAUGGUACAGUAUGGUAGAGUACGGUAGAGCUACAUGCCAGAUUUACACUUCAUGUCGGAAAAGGAGCAGGAAGAAGCUGACUUGAUGGAUCGCUUCCUCUUUUCUGUUUCCUAGCAUUCGCUAACACAUUUGUUUGUUUCGCCUCCUGUUGCCCAACCUGUGACACAAACAAAUAAACAAACAAAAAAAGUAAAUAAAUAACAAUAAAUAAAUACUUCCUUUUACUUUGUAAACACUUUUAGUUGAAACUGUUUCAUAAACAUGAUUAUAUAUUACACGUAUUUAUUGAUUUAAAUAAAAUAUAGUUUUUAUUCUUCCUUUUCUUCUUAAGAUUUUAGCGUACUUUCCCUUCCACAUUUUUCAGCCGAUUCAAAGCCUUCCAACUUCAAACUGUUCAGCCUAUUCGGGAAUUGCGGGCUUUCCUUUGGCAAAUUCCAAAAAUUCCCAGAUUUCCCAGAAUUCCAGGUUUUUCAGGACAUUUUUCCCAUUCCAAAUGAAUUGGCCAUUUUUCAAACUCUCACCAUUUCCACAUUUUUCCUCCCAUUCAAACCAUUCCACCUUCAACACAUUCCACCAUUCUGGAAAUUCAAACUAUCAUUUUUCCAACUUCUAAAAUUGUCCAGGAUUUCCCAGAAUUCCUGCAUUUCCAAAGCCCUACUUCCACCUUCUUUUCUAGCGACUACUCCUUCCACAUUUUUCAACGCAUUUCAGCCGUUCUACCGUCAAAACAUUCCUCUUAAUCGGGACAAAAAAUGAAGUUAUUUUUUAAACUGAAAAAUUCCCAGUUUUUCCCAAAUUCCAGGAAUUCCGUAAUACUAUUUCUCAAUUCAACAUGUUACUACUUCAACAUUUCUCGACCAAUUUAAAAAAAAUGAAACACCAGCCAUUUCAAGUUUUUUACCAUUCAAAAAACAUUCCCACUUUUCCUGAAAUUCCCAAUUUUUUUCUGAAAAUCCCAUUGAAAUGAGUGGGACGUUCUUCAAAGUUGCACAAUUGCCACAUUUUUCCUCCCAUUCAAACCAUUCCACCUUUAACACAUUCAACUCAUCCUGGACAUUCAAACUAUCAUUUUUCCACCUUCAACAAAAUUCCAGGAAUUGCUGUUUUGGGGUUUUUUUUUACCUUGUUUCCAAUGUUUACGUUUGACUAUUCCUUUUCCUUUUUUCAUCCCAUUUCAGCUGUUCCACAGAUUAAUUAUUUGAAUUAGUCAGGAACUAGAAACAUUCCCAGUUUUCCCAAAAUUCCAGGAAUUGCAUCAUAAAAUUUCUCAAUUAAAAAACUGUUACUAAUUCAAAAUUUCUUGACAAUUUAAACGAUUCCAACACCAGUGGGUUGUGCUUACCGACCUCAAAGCUAUUUAAUUUGGUACAUGGUGAAAUGAUAAGUGUGACCAGUAGAUGGCAGUCAAACAUAAGAGAUAUGACUCAAGCAAACAACACCAACAUUUUAUACGUUCCAUUAAAAAUAUAGAACAUUACGCAGGGUGCUCAAAAUACCAAAUAAAAUACUAAAAUACUUGGUUUUUGUUGGUGGUGCGUUCCAAAGGGUCUGCAGGAAAAGAACAUUGCAAGAAAAAAUGCUAAAUUGUUCUUUUAAGAAAUAAUGUAAAUCCGAUUACUCAGUUACGGACGCCCAAAAAUAUGAACACAAACUAAUAUUUUAGAGAAUUUUUUUGGAGAUUGAUCACAUGAGUUUAUUCGCUAUUUUGGACGGCUGACCAAUGAUUUUAAUUUUUUAUUAUCCAAAAUACAUCAUGAAAAUCAAACUGUUUUUCAGCUCCAGUUAUUGUUGUUCGACACAAAAAAAAUAAUGCUUUGGUCAAUUUUGUUUUUUUAUUUCAAAAUAAAAUGUAAAUAAAACAAUGUUUUUUUGUUUUUUAAACGACCAUUCAUGAAAAUACAUUUUAAUGACCCAAACAUACUUUGACCUUGAACUCCAAAAGACAGUUUGUGUAACAUUUUUUAUACUUUUUGUGUUUAAUUUUAUUGUGCAGCGGGCUAAUAAAAAAUGGCACAAAGGUACAAUUAAAACAAGACUAGAGCACCUUGCUUUUCGUUAGUGGUGCGUUCCGAAAGGGCCGCGGGAAAAAACUUUGCAAGAAAAAGUGCUAAAUGGUUCCUUAAAGAAAUAACGUCCAGCCAAUGACUGAGAGGACAAAGUAACAUUGUUGAGAGUUUGCAGCUUGGAGAGCCGGCCUUCCUCUGCCCGUCCACACUUUGGCAAGGGGAAGUCAAUGGUUCACUUAGCACGUAGCGCCAACACACUCCUUUUCUGGGACUUGGCAAGGUGAAGUCAAUGGUUCACUUAGCACCUAGCGCCAACACACUCCUUUUCUGGGACUUGGCAAGGUGAAGUCAAUGGUUCACUUAGCACGUAGCGCCAACACACUCCUUUUCUGGGACUUGGCAAGGUGAAGUCAAUGGUUCACUUAGCACGUAGCGCCAACACACUCCUUUUCUGGGACUUGGCAAGGUGAAGUCAAUGGUUCACUUAGCACGUAGCGCCAACACACUCCUUUUCUGGGACUUGGCAAGGUGAAGUCAAUGGUUCACUUAGCACGUAGCGCCAACACACUCCUUUUCUGGGACUUGGCAAGGUGAAGUCAAUGGUUCACUUAGCACGUAGCGCCAACACACUCCUUUUCUGGGACUUGGCAAGGUGAAGUCAAUGGUUCACUUAGCACGUAGCGCCAACACACUCCUUUUCUGGGACUUGGCAAGGUGAAGUCAAUGGUUCACUUAGCACGUAGCGCCAACACACUCCUUUUCUGGGACUUGGCAAGGUGAAGUCAAUGGUUCACUUAGCACGUAGCGCCAACACACUCCAUUUCACAGUCGCUGCGGUGCCUGGUCGCUGCGUCCAUAUUUGUUUAAAAGUCUCUUAGCAGUUAAUAAAGAUGCAUUUCCUCCGUCCCUCUUCCUGUGGGGACACUAUCAGGGCUCUGUUAAGUUUCUUUGAUUUCUGCCAGCCUCCAAUCACAGCCGCUCAUUGUGUCACUUCAAAGCCUGGGAAUGGCCGUCCUGACCCCGCCCACUAAACAGCCCCCUUAAAAGUCUCGCUGGUCUCGAAGCCGGGGACUGAAGGGAGCUGACAUCUGACUGGGAUUCUUGAGGCCGCACUGGAUACCGCCGACUGUUGGACUUUUUAUUCGGUCCGAAGAAUGCAGUCCGUCAGAGACCUGAAGAGCAACUUGAGCGGGCCUCCUCCUUCCUCCGCCUCGGCGUCGGGCGCUGAUGCUUAUCUCCAAGGCAACAUCCGCAUGACUCUGGAGGACCCCGAGCUGUGGAGGGCCUUCCACCAGAUCGGAACAGAGAUGAUCAUCACCAAACCCGGCAGGAGAAUGUUCCCGCACUGCAAGGUGAAUCUCUCGGGUCUGAUUCCGUGCGCCAAGUACAUCCUGCUGGUGGACAUGGUUCCGCAGGACGGCUUCAGAUACAAGUGGAAUAAAGAGAAAUGGGAGGUGGCGGGAAAAGCGGAGCCUCAGCCGCCCUGCAGGACUUACCUGCACCCCGACUCUCCGGCCCCCGGGAGCCACUGGAUGAAGCAAUCCAUCUCCUUCCUCAAGCUCAAGCUCACCAACAACACGCUGGACCAGCACGGCCACAUCAUCUUGCACUCCAUGCACUGCUACCAGCCGCGCUUCCACAUCGUCCAGGCCGACGACCUCUUCAGCGUCCGCUGGGGAGUUUUCCAGACCUUCACCUUCCCGGAGACCAGCUUCACAGCCGUCACCGCCUACCAGAACACCAAGAUCACUAAACUGAAGAUCGAUCACAACCCGUUUGCCAAAGGGUUCCGUGACGAGGGCACCACCAAGAAAAGGCGUGCAAACAAGAACCCCUGCGGUCUGGAAAAGCGAGCCAAGAUGUCGGACAUGAACAGAGAGUCUGAAGAGGACAGUCCAUCAGACUUCUGCCGCUCCUCUUUUGAGGCAGACGAUGGCGAGCUGAGAAAGAGGAAGGUGGCGGACGACAUCAAGGAGGAGGUGAAGGAGGAGCGAUACUCGCCCUGGUCUGUGGAUCCUGAGCACGGCGCCAAGAACGCCUCUCCUCCUGCUGCCGAGUCCCGGGAUCUUUACAGUGCUGAGCAGCUGGUUCCUGCUCCCGCUAACUACCAGCCUUACAGGGUCCACGAGUACGGAAAGUCCCCCUCCCCGUCCUCCAGCAGGACCGGCGGAACAGGACGCAGCAAUUUCGAGUCCAGGGUCCCCGACGUCGCCACCGUCCCCGAUCAUGACUCGCCAAAGCCCCGCCCUCACGAGGUGGCCCCCUCCUCCCUCGCCCCCCAGGACUACCCCGGGGUGCUCAGCAUGACCGCGGCGCCAGCCGGCAAGCCGGGCGUCAUCGGCCACCACAUCUACGGCCCCUACGGCGGCGAGCAGCCCCUGAGCCAGUGGAGCGGCCCCGGGCCGGCCCAGUACCCGCCUCCUCACCACAUGAGCGCCGAUUACACCACGCAGGCUGUGCAUCACGGCUAUCACCAUGGCAACGUGGCCGAGUGGAGCCAGUACCCGCUGUUCUCCUAUUCCUGCUGGUGAGGGCCCCUGAGGGCCCGCCGCUAAUACAACAAGAGUGCAAUGUCACACCUGGGAUUGAUUUUAUUGUGGAGUUGUUUAUUUAUUUUCCAUUUCAUUCCAUCCUCAAGCCAAUGUAUUAUUUUUGUAAAAAAACUA